CUGAAACAUCGCAUUUAUGCUGUUCAUGUUCAUGUUACUUCCGUCCAUAGUAACAGGAACUUCGUCGUCAAAUUGUGAGCCAGUCACUGGUGAAGAAAAAGGAAAAGCUUAAAACGCGGUGUUUUAGAAUUGAAUGUCUUAUAAGCAGAUGUAUCUACAGUUAACCAAAUAUCGCCGGCUCCUAAAACCCUCCUAUUGCUGAGCAGUUAAUUUAAUAUUAUUGAAAAGACAAGAAAUUCUCAAUCGUCAUCAGAACCUUAUCAAGAAUUUUCAAGCUGCCAAAUUAUUCAUCUCAUUAUAUGUUUUGCACAAUUAAUGCAUUGCAAUAAAUGUGGUGUAUAAUUAUAUGAAAUAUAUGGAGCUGAACAACGCUGCUGUGGAAAUGGAAAUCUCUAGAUUUCUUUGUUUCACUCACUUGAUUUAAAUGUGUUUCCCAUCGGUUCCAAGUUAGUAUUAUCGUUACUUCUUUGUGGUUGUAUGCGAUUUGGGAACAAUACCGGGUCCUCAGGGUAGAUCGUUUUUGCUAAUUCCUUAUUAUUUCGUUGACCUGGUUCRGAGAAYUUCGGCCAUUGAGAUGUAGCCUGCACAAAGUCAACUUGUUCUGGCGACAUCGUAUUCACUUCCAUAUUUCCGAAUACUUUUCCUCUAUGCAACGCAUGACUUCCUUGAUGGAAUUCUGGGCUUACUAGGCUUUGAAGCUUAAAUUCGGCCUCGUUGAUUUGCAUCAUAUCUUGGCCAAGCAUUUCUUCUUUCUUAUGUGGUUUUACUUCGUCAUUUUCGUGAGAUUGUUUGUGAAGGGACGCGGAGAUUCUCUUGUGGCCUGCGAARCGGUGAGCGUGUACAUGGCUGUGGACUUUUUUGUCUAGAACAGAACAAAAGAAGAAAAGGUCAAGUGAURCUGAUGGUUUUUCUAGAGGGCUUUUUAAUGAAGUAUGUAUAUCUUGKACCAUAAAUUCAUGAAUGACGACGGAUAUAUCUCGCAAAGUAUCAGGUUCGAUUUUCGCUAAGAAAAUUCUUCAUGAAUAUUAACAAUCGCCUUCAAUUUUUUCAGCAAACCGAGUUUGCAAAAGAGAAUAUACAGGCUAUUCGACGACCUUGUGUUUACACUUYAACAUUCUGAKUUAAACGUAGGAUGAAGCAAAAAACUGUARUUUAUCCUCAAAAAAGGGCGUUGCAUWAAGAAAAAGUCAGUAUUUUCCAUAGAUAACUGUUCGAUGGUCUGUCAGGWUUUUUUUGAUUAGUCAGGKUUUUUUGAUUAUUUAUACAUGAUAUACAAUAAUUAACCAAAUUAAAGAAAGACAGAAUAUAAAAAGAUUAGUAGAAUAUAAAGCGAUUUAUAAGUAUCAGAGAUGAAAUAUUAGACUAAACAAAUAUCAAAACAGCAGGACUGACAUCAAAAUCAUGACGUGAUUUAUAGACUUUCAUUUAGAAAAGCAAAGACAUCRACUUGAUUUUUCUACCCACCAUGCUCUCGAUUUGCUCUACAACACAGCARUCCCAGCAGUCCAAWCAAGACAAAAAGAUAGCAGUCCAUUGUACUGCGAGAAAAMCUUAUUCCUUCAUUACUGCGGAUUCUGCCUUGACCAAAAACGUUGAAUUAACGGGUAGGCUUACAGGUUGUGUCACAACGGUAUCCAGGCUAUGRCGUCACAUGCAUMUUUUACUUCCGGUUUAUGAUGRCUGUCACUUGUUAUAACAGUUUGGCGGACAAACAMAGCUAUGGUCGUUAUACAGGGCUACAAUAAACUUACUGUUAGUGUGACAUUUUGGUAGAUUUUAUAUCGAUGGGAACCGAUUUCAUCUCGAGUAGUUUUCAGGAAACUAUUUUACAGCGAAAAAUGCAGUCAACAUGAAAAGAUUGUUCUCUGAAAUACUAUCGUUGUAAUGGAGUAAAUGCAUUUAGGGAAAAAGAAGGUGUGUAGUGCAAUACCUGUGGUGCAAUUCAUUGGCAUUUGAUUUGACGUCUUGGCAUUUUAAGAGAAAACGCAAGAUGUAAAUAUUAGCUUCGUCGAACGGGACUGUAAUAGCAAAUUGCAUAGAAAUCCGUAUUUUUUCGAUAGCAAACCAUAUAGUUCAAGCUUGUGGCCCCGUGAAAACGGGCUCACCGGAUCACUGAGUUACUCAAGGUUCUAGCAGUUCUCGCUUUUAUUGCUGCGUCACGUGAUAUGGAUGACCUCAUCUUUAUUUUCAAUUUUAGCUAAAAGGUAAAUGUUUACUAUGGCGAAUUGUUUUAUAAACGUUAAUAAUGCUUAAAGUCAAAGAAGAAAUCUAACAAUGGUACUUUGUGAUAAAGGACUGUUCGUGGUUUGGUUUGGUCUGGCUGUAAUGCUAGUCAUUCCGGCCAAUGCACUGGAAAGGAMCCGAAGAAUUCUAAAUGAACCUGGGGAUGCUACGAAGCCAGGAAAAACUUCUUUACCUUUCCUUAAAAGGCARCAAAUUAUCUACCUGCUCAAUAAUAAUCAUAAUGACAAACGCACAAAGCAAAYAAUCAAGCCAAUGGAARCAUAYGCCAAAGAGCUCACCCCUGAUGGMAAAGUAGUGAAACCUCAUGCAACGAARUUUCUAAAUUCAGAAGAUUUUCAUGGAGGAGGUGUGCAGGAAAUAGCAGUUAACAAAGGGGAUGGUCCUCCUAUAUUAUCGGCACCACAACAGCCUACGUUGCAGAACCCUCUUAUCCAGCAGGCUGACGCUCGGUCUGUUUUGUAUAACGUCCCCAUGGCAACRACUGCCGCACAGGUACAACAGCCUGUUGUUUAUCCAAUUGUUGCAUUACCAACCAUUCAACAACCACAGCAAUUCGUCCAGUUACAGCCAGGUGUACAGCCCGCACAAAGACUUCUAGCCAGUCACUGGUCCGAUGAGCAAGGUCAUACUAGAAGUGAAGAACCUCCAAGGCCACCACCUGAUUAUGAUGAYGAUGACAGGCAUGAUGAUGAUKAYGAUGAUGACAGAUACAGAUACGAAUCUAGGUACAACAAUGAGCCACAGUUUCACAGUGAUAGAGAUGAWGAGGAAAUAGAACCGGAACAAUUUGCAAGGGAYAGAUGGGAAGAUUAUCCCCGACCAAGGCCGUAUUACGAAGAGAACCCAGACGCUCGCAGUGAGCCACCUGAUCAACCAGCAGCUCUCCUUCCACCACCACCACGAUCUGCACCAGAUGAUAACACAGAAGACGAUGACGAUGAUGAGAACGAAAUCGAAGCUUACCAACACGACUUACAAGAUUCAAAAGAUGAACCACUUUUAGCMGACGGUCCUCCUGUAAUAGAGCGAGAAGAACCGCUGCCUGAGAAUUACGARCAACUCAACGCACAACGCAGGGACGGAUCACGACCAAUUAUACCAAUCUCGUCGUCUCUUAUAAGGMCACAUCCACGUUUUAUGUAUCCAARCACAAUGUCCACGGACACUUUUGCAAGGGAACAGCUAGCUGGCUCCCCGUUCAGACAGGGUGCUCUGCCAGGAUUCAGAGGCUUAUCAUWCCAACGAGCCAACYUGGUAUCRCCCAGUGCAGAAAUGAGUGAAAUGUCRGCUGACGAAGCGCGRUUUAGAGAACGAAUGCGUUUGGAGCUGCAAGCAAAGGAUACCAUUCCCAGAGGUUYGAAAACCAAAGACGGUCUYAAAAACGUUUUUAUAAGACUAAACGGGGAGCCAUUGGAGAAUGCAAGUGAAUUAAGAAGUAGAAUAGUYCACGGAAGAGUCAUACCAGGAAGAGGAAARAUUAUUCGAUCAAAAGGACCGAUGAAGAUWAGGGUUUCUCAUCGAGGAGCAGGAAAACAUCGUAUCAAAAUCAUUGACAUUUUCUCGCCAAAAAAGUUCAACGUUGUUGACUCACGAAGUAAAAUAAUCAAAGCUCCCUCAAUCAAGCAGACAUCCCUUAAUGGACAAAAUCAUGUAAGGGUUAGCCCAGCUCUUAACUCUAACAUCAAAGGGUCCAAAACAAAUGCAAAAAGCGUGCUCAAAAACGCCAUUUUGCGAAAUUACAAUAAGCAAGGAACCAGAGCAAAGUUUGGAAACAGAACAGUGAUCAAUAAAAUUAAUGUUAUAAAAGUAGRACACAAUCAGAAACCUUCUUGACAUUUACGCUCAAGAUCACAUUUCUGAAUAUAUAUUCUGUAAAUAUUUAGUUUAGUCGAUUUUUUAUCUGUAAAAUAUAGCUUAUGGUGUUAUCGAACAUGAUAAGAAUACUUUAGCAUCGUAUUGUAUUCUGUAAGCCACAAUUGUACAGUUUCUAGAUUUCAAAUGAUUUGAAAUGAUUUCCCAUAUAUAGUAAAACACACGUGAUUUCAUAAAAGCUGCCUUUUAGUUGUUUGAAAGGUU